CUCACUUCCGGGAGAGCCUGGGUGCCGGGGCCGCCGUCUGCCUACAGCGCUUCCAGCCGGCGGUCCUGGGCCGCGAAGCCGGUGAGUGCGCAAGCCAGGCCGCAGCCCCGCUGUCUGCACCGCCCGGUCCUCUGUCAGCGGCCAUGGGGGCGUCGGCGCGGCUGCUGCGCGCGGUGAUCAUGGGGGCUCCUGGCUCCGGCAAGGGCACCGUGUCGUCGCGCAUCACCCAACACUUCGAGCUGAAACACCUCUCCAGCGGCGACCUGCUCCGACAAAACAUGCUUCAAGGCACAGAGAUUGGUGUGUUAGCCAAGACUUUCAUUGACCAAGGGAAGCUUAUACCAGAUGAUGUCAUGACUCGGCUGGCCCUUCAUGAGCUGAAAAAUCUCACCCAAUAUAACUGGCUGUUGGAUGGUUUUCCAAGGACACUUCCACAGGCAGAAGCCCUGGAUAAAGCUUAUCAGAUAGACACAGUAAUUAACCUGAACGUGCCGUUUGAGGUCAUUAAGCAGCGCCUCACUGCUCGCUGGAUUCAUCCAGCCAGUGGCCGAGUCUACAACAUUGAGUUCAACCCUCCCAAAACUGUGGGCAUAGAUGAUCUGACUGGAGAGCCUCUGAUUCAGCGUGAGGAUGAUAGACCAGAGACAGUGAUCAAGAGACUGAAGGCUUAUGAAGCCCAAACGGAGCCAGUCCUGGAGUAUUAUCAGAAAAAAGGGGUGUUGGAAACAUUUUCUGGAACAGAAACCAACAAGAUUUGGCCCUAUGUAUAUGCUUUCCUACAAACAAAAGUUCCACAAACAAACCAGAAAGCCUCAGUUACUCCAUGAGAAAAGUGUGUUAACUAGUAAGAUCAGCAGAACCUCCUCAUCUUUGCAUUAGCAGCUCCUUUUUACUAAAUUCCAGCAUGUAUGAAUUAUUUGAACAUUGUUUUAUUUCUACUGAUUUUAUUCUGGAUAUUAAGGAUGUGCCAAAUGAUUCAGAUACUAAGACUGAUCUUUUGAAAUAAUCUAGUAUAUUUUAUCCAUUUAUCUUCUCUAAGUGUGCAAUUUAAAAACAUCAGAAAUAUUGAAACUUUAUUUUAAAGAAUCUGUUGGAGUAAAAUUAAAAGAGCAAUUAGUAGUAACAUUUUUGUUCAGUAAGAGUAAGUGGUUGAUAAAAGUUUCAUAUUUUUCUGGAAAAGUACCUAUCAUUUGGGGGAAAAUACCUCAUCAGAGGAUUCUGCAUAAACUGAUGUCAAAAAAUACUUUCUAGCCCUGUGGAACAUGGUAUGGUAAGACACUAUAUAAAAUUCCAGGAAAAAGGCAACUAGAUUACAGAUCUGUUGCAAGAUGCAAAUUCACUGCUGCCUUUACACUAAGAAACACAUAAGCUAGCUAUAUAUGCUGUAUUUAUUUUGUCAUUAGACAUACCUUCAGUUUACUCAGAAUUUUCAAUUUGCUAUAAAAAAUGUAUCAACAUUUAAGAAAAUAUUUAAUAUGACUUACUUUCUUUUGAAAAAUACAUGUGUACUGAGGAAAACCAUUUGUGUCAAAAAUUGACAUUGUAAGGUCUUAAGUAAGCACCAACACUGAAUUUUCAGUGGAAAAUGUAAUAAAAUCUUAGGUUUUCAGAUAUUACUCAGGUUAAGAAAUAUUUUAAGAUCUACUUGUCAGUUUUUUCUUGAUAUAAACACAUUCUGCCUUGAUACGUUAUAGCAAAAAGAAAAAAUAAAGAAUAAGAGAAAACCUAUGGUACUACGUAAAGUAAGCAUACUUUGCCAUUAAGGAAAUAGAUAUAGACCAGGCAUACCUGGGGGAUAUUCUCUUGACAAACACCAACAUAACUGGCAAACACGUAUUGCAGUAAAGAGAAUUUACAAGAUAGGUUAAGAAGGACCAGGAAAAGUAACUGUUCCUUAAGAGAGAUCUUUGUUCUUGAUUAAAGAAAUUGACACCUGCUAGUGUUCAUUGCCACCUAUCUUAAAGGUAAAGAACUCUGCUGGUGUCAUCUGAGCAGUCAUUUUAAAACCUAAAUCAUUUUAGAUUCCUUAGUGGGGCAACAGGAUGCUUAUACAUUGUGACCUGCUAAAAGUGGGGCAAUUUGAGAUGUAGAGGAAAAACCCAACUGUAUCUUCUAUGGGAUAUUGACUCUUAUUUUACUUGGUGCUAAAUCAAAUGAAUCAAACCCUUAUACAAGCUAUUGUUGCCUUUGAAAAUUUGGCCCAUUUUAUUCCAGGCCUUUAGAAAUACAAAACAAAUGCCAGCAAGUGGUUCUUAUGUAUUUGGGUGGUGGGGGGAACAACUUAUUUUACUUCCCUCUUGAUUUUUAAAAAUUCAUUGUUGAUCCUUUGAAAAUGCUUUUUUUAAAAGGAUUACAGGGAUCAUUUCACUAUAAAACUUUAUAUAAUGCCUUAUUUGAAUAUUAUUUUUCCUAAAAAUGUUGCAAAACUACUAAACUUAUGAAUUACCACUAGGUUAUUGGGCAUAGUGUCUUUAUUAGAAUAUAAUGAAAUUUCAGCACUGUAGCUGGUACUUGCUUUGUCUUUGGUCCUUCACAAGGGCCACUACACCCCACCUUCCUUUCUGCUACCCUGCAUCUCAUUGCCUUUGUUCUAAUAAAUUGUCUUAAAACAGG